UAUAGCCCUCGACAAACAAAACAAAAACAAAACAAACAAAAAGUCCGCUUAAAAGGAAGCCUGGCUGCAAGGUGUUCAGCUCCAUGAGUUUGCACGAUGCUAAAUUACAUUAGAGAUACAAUUAUGGCUCCGUCAACACGCAGUAGCAGCAGCAGCAGCAAACAAACUGUCACAACCAAGGAAAUCUCAACUGCUCCAAUGCGGGGCUACAAGAUAACUGAUAACGAGCGAACGAGAAAAUACGGGAUUGGAGCCAAUUCAUUGGAAAUGCUGCUAACCAAAGCCAAAAACAAGUUUCCGCUGCAGGACUUGCACAUCUAUCUGGCCUCCGAUGGCUUUGAGGUGUCCGAUGAUGAUUAUUUGAAUAGCCUGCCCGCCCAGACGUUGUUCAUUGUGGCUGGUCCCGAUGCAGUCAUAACAACAGAUGCCGACUUUGAAUUUGAGAAAAUGCGCCAGCAAUCGCCCCUGCUGAAGGUGGCGGACAUCUUCUAUGACUUCAUCGAACAGCACCCGGAGAAGUUUCGACGCAUGAUCUCGGACUAUGAGCACCAGAAGCAGCGACUGGUCCUGGACAACAGCAAGGCUCAUCUCAGCUUGAAGGACGAGCACGUGGAAUGGUUCGAGGGCGGCGAGGAGCGCUUUCACUCCAAGGAAGAGGCCAUGGCCGUGCGUGCCCAGACGCGUGUGCGCGGCUACUACUAUAAGGCCAAGGAGGAGCUGACACGCAAUCCGUUGUACAGGCAAAAUCCCAAGGCGCGGCAAGUCAUCAACUCGGUGCUGGAGCAAUUCCGCUACCUCCUCAUCGGAUGCGACUAUUUCUCAAUGAUGUUCAACAGAAAGUGUGGACAAAAGCACGCCUUUCUUCAGCAGCUGGGGCAGACGGGCGAGGAGGAGCCCGACGCCGGAAGCCUUCCAAGUAAGAGACUAAGGCAACUAAUCAAGGAGUACACCAAGCAGCAUUCCAUUCUCGACGAUUGGUCCGUUUCGUUGUGCUCCGAUCUGGGGGACUUCUAUUGCCAGGGCGCCUAUUCGGAUAAUGGCAACUGCUGCUCCCUGCAGCAUACCAUCAAUCCGUAUGCCUCGCGCGAAAAUCUCAUUUUGUUUCAGGUCUGGAAUCUGGAUCAUCAAAUUGAACUCACUCGCACGAUUCUGCCCGCCCUGGUGGCCAAUGUGGAGGAGCUAGUCACCAAGCCGCAGCUCAAAUGUUCGUUCCACAACAAGCGCGUGGUAGACAUCUCUGUGCUGGAGUACUUUCUAGAAAUAUUCUCCCUGAAGAACCUAAAGCUAGUGCACAUUGUGUGCCAUGAGAAGGUGCAACGCUCAAAUCGUUCAAAUGGUCGCCUGCUCUGUCCGGAUUGUCAUGAGUACCGGAUUGUGCAGGAGCUCAUGGAUCUGCAGGGGGCAAGUCAAACCACGUGUUAAAGGGUUCGAUUCGAAAACAGUUACCUAUCCAAGCAAUACUAUAAACAAUAACUGAAGAUAUAUACAUAUAUGUAUACACCCAUAUGUUAUUCAGAUUAUUUCUUUAGGCUCUGUUUACUGUGUUAAACUAAGCAAUCUAAUAUUUAAAAUAGUUGAUUGCUAAUUUGUUAUUGUUUUAAAACGUGAUCUCCAGCGGGAUGAAUUGUACAAAUCCAAAGUAUCUCAAAGUUAACUAUCAAAAGAAACGUAGUGUUGAAAAAGUAUUUACAGAAUAUUAUGAGUAUGUAUGUAUGUAUAACCAUGCAUUUAAUUUAGCAAACUACUAUAACUACAUAUGUGGCAAUAUAUUGUAUUGAUAUCUAGCUUUAAAUGUUUAUUGACUGUAGCGCUUGUAGUUGAAAUUUGAAUGCGUUUUGUUGGCGUUACACGAUCAACGUUGUCCACACUAUGGAUCAUAUAUUGUAUUUGCCAAGAGUUUAGCUUGCAAAAGAUAGAUAGUAAAUAUAAAACUAUACAUAUACAGAUAAUAUAUAUUAUAUACAUAUAUCGAAUUUCCAUUGAGUUAAAUUUAAGAUAAAUAUAAAAGUAUACAACGGUUUUUGCUACACUCGGCUUCUCUGUACCUCAACGAACUUGCUCUGAGCUCUUACUGUUUCACUCCAAUCUACACACACUAUAAAUCUGUAAAUCCGUAAAUAUAAGAACCCUACCAAACUCUUUCCCCUACAAAGUUUCUGAUAAUAAAAGACAGUUGUACCAUUAGCCAGCGGU